AUGGCAGACGUUGCAGACAGUGAUUUGCCGCAGUUUAUGGAGGGCAGGUACGACAUUUUCGAAAAGAAUACCUUCCUGGAUUUUCCCGCUCCAAAGCCAUUGAUGCUGGAAAAGGCUCAAACAGAUCCUCCGCCUGGGCUGGAGGGACUCUGCGGGAUUUCCAGCAAGUUCGUAUCAGAAACAGACCGAUCCGAAGAUUCCACCGCCGUGGACGAGAUGGAGGCGGCUCCACCGCCUCUGCCCUUGGAGGUCUUUGUAACUCCCGACUGCUUCGAGGAUCCGGAGUUUUCUAGGCCGCUUUCUGCGGCAGCACCGACUUUCAUCCCUAUCCCUGGGGCCGGGGCGGCCGGGGCCCUUGGGGCGCUUCCGAUGCAUGGCCUCGCGAACCUACCGGGGAUCCCCGAUGCCUUUGUUGGCCCCUCGAUCCCGGAGCUCUGCCGGCCAAAGACGCAGAUCCUCUUGGAAGAGAUGCUAGCGCCCUCUGUGGUGCCUGUCACAGAACUCGCUACUUCAAGGUUCCCCCCGCCGCCACCAGCCAUGCCGGCGCCGGUCUUGGCAGAGCCUCCUUCCCCGGAGGUUCCUGCGGAAGCUCCGGUCGAGGGGCCCCUGCCGCCGCGCUGCGAUCUUCAAGUUGGGCAGCUCGUCUGUGAGGAACCUGCUCGGGGCAUCUGGGAUGUUCACUGGAGCGCGGACAGCCGGCAGCUCUACACCACGACAGUGCGUCUUGUCUCGGGCAUCUUCAUGCUGCAGGUCAAAGGCAGCAGCCUACCCUUCAAGGUGUUCCUGCAUCCGAAGGUGGUGAUAAACAACAAGCGAGGCGGUGGCUUCAAGAAAGCCAAAGGGAAAGGCAGCAUCGUUCUCAAGUGCGAGGCAGAGGAUGUGAAGAGGUAUCCCAAGCUUGACAUCUCCUUCCGAGUUGGAAGGGGUUCUCGUCUCCAGCCACCUCGGUCGGUGGAAGCGCAUGACUUUGGGGAGCAGAGCUGUUGCUGCCUUCCAGAAGCGCAACAGGAGUGGGACUUCAGGAGCUUGGUGGAUGAGUCAGGAUCUUUGCUGGUCUCACUGCGCAUAGCCGCCGACCCAGCAAAAGUGGGGAAGAUUCGGCCCGUGAAGCACGGUGAAGCAGAAUUUGCCAUGAGUUCUGAAUGCAAGCCAACCAAGUGGCAGCAGAGAGUUCGUAACCAUGUCAUCAAAGAUGACGGGUCUGAGAUGCACAUUAGCACUUAUGCAGAGCCCUUGCCUUUCCUGCGUGGCCUUGCGAGCUUCGGUCUGCGCAAGCACCGCGCCGUAGACUUCGAACUUCUAGAACUGGCUGCAAAGGAUGCCAGCGCAGUCUCGGGAAUGGCACUGGUCCGCCAGGCUCUGAGCUGGGGCGAGAGAAGCAUAAAGCGUCCUUGUUGCGAGCUCGGUGGCGCUUGCAUCGCGUCUAGGUUGAAGUUUCUUCCAUCUGCCGAAUCGCAGCUUGAAGCCUGCACCGAAGGUUUCUCAUAUUCGUGUAGCGAGGGCUACGUUCUCAAAUCCAACUUCCACGAGAUCACGGGCAGCUCUGACAGCGAGUGCUGCCAGCCCACGUGUGCAUUGUGGUCGUGCACGGGGCAUUUUGUCGCCAAUGAUGCCUACAAGGGCAACACCGGCAGCAGCAACGAGCAGUGCUGCGAUCAGACCUGCGCAGCUGUGACGUGCCCCAAAGACCAGAAGGUGCCAUUGGAGCUGAGGGACUCCGCCGGGAGGACACCGAAGGACUGCUGCAAGGACACCUGCGCUGCUGUUGUGUGCGAGCCCUUCCACGUGCCCAUCAGGGCGAACCUGCAUUCUGUCUAUCCCGAUGGUGAAGACCAGAGCUUCUGCUGUGAGCCAACCUGUGGUGCCUACACCUGCGACUACCGCAAGGGCUUGGUGCUGGAUCGAGCGAAGCAAAUGGUCCCGAAUCCCAGCGAUGGGACUUGCUGCACAGCGACGUGCUCCAAGACUGCUUGCCCUGCAGGCUUCGAGACACGCCCGGAGAACGCCAACAAGGAUGCACGGGAAGUGGAAUGCUGCGAGCCCCUUUGCAGCUCGCACUCCUGCAGCAGCGGCUGGGUCCCUGAUGAGAGCAGGGCGCAGCGGGUGGGCAAUACAGAUCAGGAGUGCUGCCGAAGGACCUGCAAGGAAUACACUUGCUCUGCUGGCUGGGCGACAAAUCCAGCAGCUGCAAACGAAAUUGGUGUUGACGACGAAACUUGCUGCUCCAAGACCUGUGCGCAGUUUCAGGAGCAGUGUACUGGAGACUAUGCGCCAAACGGCGCGAAGAAUAACACGGUCGGCCAUACCGCUGAGACGUGCUGCUCCAAGACCUGUGCUUUGUACUCCUGUGGCGCGGGCGUCGUCAUUCCCAAGAGCCAGAGUGUUGUUGGAAGCUCCGACGAGCUCUGCUGCGAAAACAGCCGUUGCCCGGCAAUGCGCAAGAUGACGAAGCUCGACAACGGCAAGCACUGCAGCUCGUUGAGCGAGGACGUUUGCUCCAAGCACUUUGUCGAAUUGAAGAACAGCAUCACCAACAAGAUGGAUGCGCUUGCUUGUAAAAUGAUGACUGACAUCGGCCAGGAGGGUGGGGAGUCCGAGGAGGACCUGGCCCCAAUCGCCGUAGGAGUUGCGCCGCCAGGCCCAGCUGUGGUCGCAGCGUUGAAUAACACGCUUCGCGAGAAAGCUGUAACGUUUCUGCUGCUGCCGCCGGCAUGGCUGAAGUUCAGCGAAUACUGGAGCAGCUGCAGGGGUUGCUGCGAGACGAGCUGCAUGCGCCUGGGCAAUCGAAAGUUCUUUGCCGCGGUCUCCUCCAUGGCGGAUAGCCUCGCCAGGAGCUGUGCCCAUGCAGAGCGGCUGCUGCCCAUCGAUGACAUUGAUGACGUGGGCGAUGUUCUCCAGGGCCGAGGUGUUCUGAAGAAAGGUUCGGUUCAGAUGAUGUUUGAGUUCCUUGCCGUGAGGCUGAAAGCUCGGCUCUUUCUGCAUGACUUCCUAGGAAGACGAUCGAGUCCCCAGGAGGGCAACCGCAGGGCUGUACCGAUCGCGCCACGGCGAUCGCUUCAACCAGACGUGCUGGACUUCGAUGUGGAGAGCUGGCUUCAUUGGCGCCAGCUUCGGGCGAAGUUCAUGCAGGUGAAGCAGCAGGAGGCAUCGCUUCAACAGGCUACAGACACUGCGCGGACGGCUUGGAUGGAGCAGCUUCAUGCAGGAUCAAGGCGGCCCGAUGGUUCCCGCCGCACGUUUCUUCGUUUCCAGAGCGCCGUGGAGCUGGCGAAUCUCGCCAAAUUUGCGGCCAAGGAGGUUCUCCCUUCGCCUGCGGACUUCUUCAGGUCAAGGCAGCUGUGGCCGCCCAGCGCGGGCCGCCACGAUGAUAGUCCCGAGCGUCCAGUGAUGGAAGAGCUGUCCGAGACGUUCCUUUACAUUGCCUUGGAGAAGUGGCUCGGCCGCCUCCUCGAAGAGUCCCGCAAAGUCGUCCCCGCUGCCGCUGCCGCUGCCAGGGCUACAGAAGACAUGUCCAGGCAUUGCAAGGCGCCAACCCGGGAGGCUCUGGCGAGCCAGAGACAGACAGAAGAGGAAGUCCAUCCCUCUGCUCUCUUGCAGCACCUCCCUGGUGGCCCACCUGCUGUGAAAUCGGUGCUCCUGGCAAAGCAUCGAGCUCGUUCGAUGAAGCUGCAGGCGGAUCUGAUGAAGCUGUGCUGUGGCCGUAGCACGCCUGCCAGAGCCAGCCUUCUCGAUGAGGCCCGGGAAGCACUCGCACGGGCGCUGAAGCUGCUGCGUCUGGCAGAGGCCUUGUGCUGCGAGCGCCGAAAGCUGCGAAGCUUCUGGCCGCUGCCAGAUGACUCGUCGAGUCAUGCGCCCGUGGAUGCAAACGAUGACGGUGGCGGAAGCAGCUUCCCAGCAGAGCAGAGAUCGCGGUGGCUGCCAGCAAGCUGCCGUGAGCAGGUGAAAGAACAUCUGGCCUCAGCCAGAGACUUGGUGCCCGGAUUGGAUCUGCCUCCGGAGGCGCUCUUCUGCUGGACAGUGGCUGACAUGGAGAUGUUUUUUGCCAGCAGUGGCUAUGUGAAGCCCAAGUUGAGGCUUCUCUACUACAUCUCCCCGGAAUGUCCGCAAACCAUUGUUGAUCUUGUUUCUCCAAGCCUCAGGAGGCAGAACUGGGCAUGCACAGUGCGGCCAGAGCCAGGAAACACACCCAUCUUCGUUUGGGAGGGAUCUCGACCCAGCAUCGAUCCUUCGCCAACGUUGUCCCGCGGAGGGCUCGUUAACCGCGUGGCUCCAGUGCUUCCGAUCACCAGGAAAGUGGGCAUGUUGAGAGCCUUGCAGAAGUGGUGCUCAGGCAGACGGCAGGAGUUCCCUCCACCCUGGUAUCCUGUCACCUUCGAGCUGCCGACCAGCCUGGAGGAGUGGAAGCAGCACGUCUCGCAGCACCCAGCUAAGCGCUGGAUCUACAAACCGAACGGU